GCAGCACAGCUAAUUGCAAUUCAUAAACAUUCCUUACAUUUUGUGUAAAUUGUGCUGUAGUUUAAAAAUGGAUAUAUCCGCCUUGUCGGAGGACAACUUUAGCGCUGCCGAGUGGAUAAAUGCAAACUACAAGAAAUACAUCGAAGAAAACGCCGGCUUAGCGGGAAGCGCUGCUGAGCCGGAUCCGGCAGCCACGUCUUUGGCUUUUAUUCAGAGCUACGUGUCCAAGUUACAGCUUUAUGUGCAACAAGUAAAUUAUGCUGUCGAGGAGUCUAGUCAGCAGGUAGUGGCGAGUAUGCCGCGAAUCGCCAAGGAGGCGGCAACGCUGCAAACCGAUGUUGAGCAGCUGCAGAAGCGUAUGAGUGCCAUGCGCCAGGAAGUUGCGGCCGUCCAGGACGAGACAGGUGAUUGCAUGGCCACAUUGGAGCGCCUCAAUGCUAUGCAAACAAAACUCCAAGCAGCAAAAGAAUCCCUGCAGGAAUCCGAUGGCUGGGGCAAUCUUUUGGCCGAACUAGAGGAUUGUUUCGAGCGCAACGAUCUGAAAGGGGCUUGUGAAAAGCUGGCGCAGCUCCAAAAAUCUCUGCAAGCUCAGGAACAACUGCCCGGCCAUGCGGAGCGUCUCACUCAGGUUGAGGAUUUCAAGAAUCGGCUUGAGGCUUUGGCCUCGCCCAGCGUGGUGCAAUGUUUCGCCGAAUCGCAUCUGGAGCAGGCACAGCGCUAUGUGCAGAUCUUCACCAGCAUCCAGCGCCUGCCUCAGCUCCAGCAAUAUUACCGAGCCGUGCAAAAGAAUACGUUGCAGCAACAGUGGAAGCAAACGCUGGAGCUACAGGCAGCCGAAACGCAACAACAGCAGCAACAUUUCCUUACACUCUACUAUGAUCAGUUGCUGGAGCAUUGCCAGCGUCAGCUCAAGUGGUGUACUCAGCUGUUUAAUGAUGAUCCGGCCGAAGGACAGGCACAGCCUUUUCGGGUCAUUGCCGAACUGCUGCCGGCAUUGCAACCUACACGUGAUGCCCAUAUUUUGCAAUUGCUGAAGACAUCCAACGAGCGCCUGGAACUUCUCGCCCAGUUCGCCCAAGCCAAUGAUAGUUUUGUACUGCAUCUGAACGCAUUUCUGGCGCAGUCCAACAUCAAACUGCCGGCGGAUUUGAUGAGUCAACUGGGCGAUGCAAUCUACGAGUAUUUCUAUAAGUUCAUACAGCAGUAUCCGCGGUUGGAAGAGACACAAUUAUCCACGCAAGUGGAUCGGCUACUGGCGAACCAGUCCACGCCCAGCGAAGCAGUGCGUCAUCUGGAGGAGAGCACACGGAAGUUAUACGAAUGGUUGCAGCAGGCAUGCGUCCGCUGUUCCGAUAUCACCAACGACCUCGCCCUUUGCAAACUCGUAACGCUGCUAAAUGGAAUUUUCAAGCGCCAGUUAGAGAGCUUCAGCAAAUCGCAGCGUCAGCUUAGCUUGAGCGUGGGCAGCAGCAGUGAGACGGCGCGCAGUGAGAAUUGGUCGCUGCUCCAGUACACCAUGUCCCAAUUGCAAUGUCUGGCCGACUUUCAGUUGCAGCUCCACAAAUUCGAAGAGAUGCUGCACACGCGCAUGUCCACAUUGUCGGAACGACUGCAGCAAAGUGCGAACGGAAGCGCUAUCAGCAUCUAUCGGACGUAUGAUCGAGCGGCACAACAACAGCUCCUCGCCAGCAUUGCUGACUAUCAACAGAAGCGCGCCGAGGCCACCGCCACAGCGACCAAUGUUGACACCCUGGGUAUAUUUCCACAAGUCUACAGUAGCCUCAAGACGCACUUUACUGAGACGCACGACAUUACCCUGAACAUUUUACUGCAGCCUAUCGAGGUUCAUUUGGCCCACAUUCGACCGCCAGUCGAUGCGCAGGCCCAUCCUUCUGCGGCCAUGGACCUGCCCGCCUUCAGCUUUGCGCCCCAGGAAUGCAUCACACAAAUUGGCCAAUAUUUGCUCACACUGCCGCAACAUUUGGAACCGUUGUUACUCUCACCGUCGGCACUGCUGAAACAGGCCUUGGAGCUGUGCAAUAUCAAGUAUAUCCAGUCCAUACCCUGUGCGGAUGUGCUCCUUUCGCUCGUCGUUGAACAGUGCUGCGUGCUAUAUCAAGCGCAGAUUCUGCAAAUCAAGUCUCUGCCCGCCUCGGCAGCCACCCAACUGGCAGUCGAUAUUGAGUACUUGUCCAAUGUAUUGGAGGAGUUAGGUUUGAACAUCAAUUUGCAGUUGUCCCACAUUUUAAUUCUACUUAAGGCCGCUCCGGAUCAAUAUCUGAUACUUAGCAGCGGCUGUGAGCCACGUCUGGUUACGGCCAUUCGCCAAAUGCGCAACAUAAUAUCGACGCAAUAAAUAUUUGUAAUAUUAAUAACCAUUUACCUAUAAACAUAUGUAUACAUUGAUAACAUUAUUAAAAAUUGGGCUUUAAUAUUUAAUAGCUUUCAAAGCCCCAGCUUGCCUGCUA